CCUUCAUCGGCAUCUCGGCUCCUUCGAUCCUCUAAUCUUUAUCGCCAAACAGCUUCCUCCGAUAACCUCCCGUUCCCGUACCCCGCCGCGAUGUCGACCUCUGCUCGCCGCCGUCUCAUGCGUGACUUUAAGGUCUGUCCCCCCGGCAUGCGCAUCAAUCAGUCAUGUUUUCAAAUCAACAUCAUGGAGCUCUGGCUCUCAUGACCUUUUCUGACCGACCAGAUCGACAUUCCAUUUAAUGGGAAUUUCCCAUCUAGAUCUCGUGGACUGACCAACCUUUGGUGAACAGCGUAUGCAGACAGACCCCCCAGCCGGUGUUUCGGCAUCUCCAGUAGCGGACAAUGUUAUGACCUGGAAUGCCGUGAUCAUUGGACCCGCCGAUACUCCCUUUGAGGACGGAACCUUCCGUCUCGUCAUGCAUUUCGAAGAGCAGUACCCAAACAAGCCCCCAGGCGUUAAAUUCAUCAGUCAGAUGUUUCAUCCCAAUGUGUAUGGCACUGGCGAGCUUUGCCUAGACAUCCUGCAGAACCGUUGGAGCCCAACUUAUGACGUGGCGGCGAUCCUCACUAGUAUUCAAAGUCUGCUCAAUGACCCGAAUACAUCAUCGCCAGCCAACGUAGAAGCCUCGAACCUCUACAAGGACAACCGGAAGGAAUACAUGAAGCGGGUGCGUGAAACGGUCGAGAAAAGCUGGGAGGACUAAUGGGAUUUUUUUUUUCUUUAACUUUUCUUAUCCCUCUCCCUUAUUGUCCGCUUGAGAUACCUCUCGACUCUUAUAUUUCUUUUUUGUUGAUGGUCUGAUUGAUGGAACGACUUUGUCCGCUCAUGUCAAACAGACGACAAGCUGCCUUGACCCGACGGGAUCGGGGCGAGACUUGGGCGCUGUGAUCGGGGAAUUUCUCACGCCGUUUGAUGACAUGCACAGCGCGGGGUUUUGGCGCCUGGUAAAUAUCUUUGUUCUCGGUCUUGUGGAUAAUUGCAUCUCUUGUUUCAUAUUGCUGCUGCUGCAUGCUCGUGCGUACGCUGCGCUGUUCCGGCCUGGUUUUAGUGUUUCGCAGUGUUCCCCUAGUGACUUGGUACUUUCUUAUUUCAUUUUUAUUUACU